AUGGGGCCACCUUUGGCCAACUACAGCCUCAGCAAGGUCUUCACACAGGAAGAUGCUGGGACCUGGGUUGUCACACUAUGGAAAGCACAGAAUCAAUUUGUCAUUCCUAAUCUUCUGGUGUUGGUCCAGGUUCUUCGUGAAAACAGUCCUACUCAUUGUCAUGGCAUCAACAGUAGUUCCACUAUCAUUGUCAGCACUAACUACACAGUUAUCGCCACCAGCAAAAGCACAGCCACGGAAACAUCCGGCACUACCACCGCCACCAGCGCCAUCGCCAACAACAGCACUGCCACCACAAGCACAAGCAAAGGUACCACCACCAACACCAAAACCACCGCUAGCAACAGCAUCAGAGGAAUGGGCAACUGCACCACAAUCUCCACUGUUACCAGCACCAGCACUGUCACCACAAGCACUAUCAAAGGUACCGCCGCCAACCCCGCCAAAACCACCGUUACAAGAAUCGGCAUCUGCACCACCAUCUCCACCACCGCCAACACCAGCACUGUUACCACAAGGACUACCAAAGCUACCACCAGCAACGCCACCAAAACCACCGCAAGCAACAACAUCAAAGGAAUCGGCAUCAACAUAACAACCUCCACUAAUGCCAACACCAGGACCAUCACCAGCAUUAGUAUCAGCUUCAACAUCUUUAUCAAUUAUAAAACCGCCAUUCAAAAUCACUUUUAG